UAAAGCAAGGAGAGGACCAGAGGAGCCCCGGGGCCACGCAGACUUACCAGAGCCCACGCCGAGCUCAGGAGGCAGCAGCAGAGGAGAGUCACCAUGAUAGCUCCCACAGGGCCAGAUGCCUCCAUGGUGCCACCGUGUCACUCAGAUGGGGACUUCAGGGACCAGAAUCGCUGCCAGAGGUGAAGAGGGCUGGCGUGUUCAGCAGGACAGAGCAUCUUCUGGGAGCACCUUCCUGGCUGCCAGCCCCACUGAGUAAGUAGCAGUUGCUCCAGCAGCUGGCCUGCCUCUCCAGGGUGAGCACUGGGCUCCGUAUAUAAGGGAAGGAGCAGCCUUUGCCUUUCAUCCCUCCGUUCAUUCGCUUCCCCUCGCUGGGCGGCAGGACUCAUCCCGCACCUCCGCAAAUCCCAGCGCGAUGCCGCUCAAGAAACCCGACCCGAGGAAGGAAGCAGCCAAAGCAGCUCCAGGCUCGGAGCCUGCCUUCGAUCCCAAGAGCGUGAAGAUUGAAUUCACGGCAGAGCAGAUUGAAGAGUUCAGAGAAGCCUUCGGGCUGUUUGACCGGACGCCUGCGGGGACGAUGCAGAUCAGCUACGGACAGUGCGGGGACGUCCUCCGGGCGCUCGGCCACAACCCCACCAACGCAGAGGUCCUCAAGGUGCUGGGCAAGCCCAAACCAGAAGAAAUGAACACAAAGAUGCUGGACUUUGAGACCUUCCUCCCCAUCCUGCAGCACUUCACCCGCAACAAGGAGCAGGGCACCUUUGAGGACUUUGUGGAAGGGCUGCGUGUCUUCGACAAGGAGGGCAACGGGAUGGUCAUGGGGGCCGAGCUGCGCCAUGUGCUGGUCACGCUGGGAGAGAAGAUGACAGAAAGCGAGGUGGAGCAGCUCAUGGCAGGGCAGGAAGAUGCCAAUGGCUGUAUCAACUAUGAAGCUUUUGUCAAGCACAUCAUGUCUGGCUGAAACAAGAAACUUCAGGCUCUCAGAAAUGCUUGAAUCCACCUGAGCACCACGAAGAGCAAGAUUCCUCCAUGCAUGUCCUUUCCCUGGGAUGUUUUGCCUCAGCCAUCGUUGGGCACCACGUGUGUGUGCCUGAACCUGGUACUCAGUGACAUAUCUGCAACUAGGUUUUAAACCUCAAGUUACUCUUUUCAGGUUUUCUCUGUGACAUUUGUCUUA